CGUCUCCAGCAGCCUCCUGACCCAGCAGCUGGUCUUCUUCAUCAGCUCGGGGGCCAGGAGGCCAACCUGCUGGCGAGCAGGGCUGCUGUCAUGGGGGCCCUUCCAUGGCUUCUCCUACUCCUGCUGGUCCAGACAGGUGAGAGAGGGAGACUGCAGUCCUGGGAUGGGAGCGAGGACGUUGUUGCGGUCCUUCAGGAGUCCGUCAGCCUCCCCCUGGAAGUUCCAGCCGAUGAAGAGGUUGAGAAUAUCGUCUGGUCCUCUCACGUAAGGCUUGCCACCGUGGUCCCUGGGAAAAGGGGGCAGCCGGCCACCAUCGAGGUGACCAACCCUCGAUACAAGGGCCGAGCGAGCUUCCCCGACCCCGGCUACUCCCUGCACAUCAGCAAUCUCAGCUGGGAGGACUCCGGGCCGUACCAGGCUCAGGUCAACCUGAGGACGUCGCGGAUCUCCGUCAUGCAGCGGUACCGUCUACGUGUGUACCGCCGGCUGUCGGAGCCUCGCGUCACCGUGAACUUUGAGAUCUCUCGGGAAGAUGGCUGUAAUAUAUCUCUGACCUGCUCUGUGGAGAAGGCAGGCCUGGACGUGACCUACAGCUGGCUAUCCGGGGAGGAUGGCGUGGACGCAGUGCACGAGGGCUCUGCCCUCAGCACAUCCUGGCGGCCUGGGGACAAUGCCCCCUCUUACACCUGCAGGGCCAGCAACCCCAUCAGCAGCAUCGUCUCCAGCCCCAUCCCUGCCGGGUCCUUCUGUUCAGAUCCCGGCUAUCCUUCGGAGAAGUCCACUUACCUCUGCGUCUUGGCCAAGGGGCUGCUGCUCCUCGUGCUCCUUGUGGUUCUGGCUGCGGGGCUGUGGCUCACCGGAGCCCCAACAUGGGGCCGAACAUCAAGGAUGAAGAAGCUCAAGAGAAACAGACUCAGACUGAGAAAGAAGGAGAAGCCCCACCCCAGCCUGGCCUGAGCGACCCUGGGACCCCAGUCCUGAGCACUGUUUCUCCCCCAGCCCCGGGGAGUCCUCCCCCAGGCCCCUGGGGGCCUCCCCUCCCAGGGGGCCGCGGGCUGGGCGCUGUAAGGGCCAUACAGGGGGUGGGGGAGAGAGUGAUUAUCCUGCAAUAAAGUCGAAUUAGGUGACCACC